UGAGCAGGCUCCGCUUGUCAGUCAGACUUUGAACAGUGCACUGGCGCUCAUCACCGCUAAUCUCCGGCCGAUGCUGCUUGUUGUCAUCAACGACGCUGCUGCUCACUGACAGCUACCACCGACCAGCUUUAAGAGAGAUAUAGAUUAGGAUGAACAGUUGCUGAGAUAAAGGCAGGAAGGAAAAACCCCGUAGCGGGAGAUAUUAAACGUUAGCUAACCGUUUGAUACUCGGGAGGGAGUUGCGAUGGUCCAGUUCAGGGAUAUUUGUCUAGCCUUGCUUCUCGUGGGCUGUACAGUUUCGCUGGAGGUGCAGAUCACACCGAGUCAGGGUGAGAUUAGUCUUGGAGAGUCCAAAUUCUUCAUGUGUGAAGUUGUAGGCGUUGCCAGGCACAUAGACUGGUUUGGACCAGGUGGGGACAGGAUAGAGCCGAACAAACCAGACAUAACAGUAGCCCGUAACGAUGAGUCAUCUUCCACCCUCACACUGUAUAAAGCUGGGACUGGAAACGCAGGGACAUACAAGUGUGUCGCUACCAACGGAGACCAGCAAGGGGAGGCAACCGUCAAAGUGAAAAUCUUCCAAAAAAUCACCUUCACAAACGCACCCUCACCCCAAGAGUUCAACGAAGGAGACAAUGCCAACCUUGUUUGUGACGUCAUCAGUUCGCCUUCACCCACUGUCAUCUGGAAAUAUAAAGGAUCAAAUAUCCAGAUGGAAAAAGAUGUGCGCUUUAAGGUACUGAGCAACAAUCACCUUCAGAUCCGUGGCAUAAAGAAGACAGAUGAGGGCUCGUAUACCUGCGAGGGUCGCCUCAUGGCCCGCGGCGAAAUAGAUCUGCGGGUCAUCAAGGUCGUUGUGAACGUGCUCCCGACCAUCAGGGUAUGGCAGUCAGAGGUGAAUGCCACAGCGGACGUCGGGCAGCCGGCCAUGUUGACUUGUGCUGUUGAUGGCUAUCCUGAACCCAUGGUGACAUGGACAAGGAACGAAGUGGUUCUCGAGGCAGGAGAGAAGUACAGCUUUAAUGAGGACGGCUCAGAAAUUACAUUGCUGGAAGUUACCAAGCUGGACGAAGGAGACUACACCUGCAUUGCCAAGAACAAGGCCGGGGAAAGUGAUCAGGAGCUCAGUCUGAAAGUGUUUGUCAAACCUAAGAUCACAUACAUCGUAAAUCAGAGCUCUUCAGAGAUGGAGGAGCAGGUAACUCUGACUUGCGAGGCAUCAGGAGAUCCAACUCCCACCAUAAGCUGGAGCUCCGGCGGGCACGUCUUCACUGAAGGAGAGCAGGCACAUCUAAACAGGAUCUAUCAGGCAUCAUGGAAUCGGCCUGAGCAACACAAGAGUCUGGAUGGAACUGUAGUGGUGAGGAGUGAUGCUCGUGUGUCCUCCCUCACUCUGAAGUAUGUCAAGUAUACAGACGCGGGUCAGUACCUCUGCACAGCACGCAGUGCCAUCGGAGAGGAUGAUCAGCCGGCAUAUCUGGAGGUCCGCUAUGCCCCGAAGAUCCACGGUGCAGUGGCGGUGUAUACCUGGGAGGGAAAUGCCGUCAACAUCAGCUGUGAGGUCAAGGCUCAUCCCAGUGAUGUAUCCAUCAUGUGGCUGAGAGAUGGGCUGCAGCUCCCCAACUCAAACACCACCAACAUUAAGAUCUUCAGAAGUCCAUCAGCCAGCUACCUGCAGAUAACCCCCGAGUCUGAAAAUGACUUUGGGAGCUAUAACUGCACUGCUUCAAAUGAGAUCGGCACAGAGUCCAAGGAGUUCCUGCUCAUUCAGGCUGAGGUGCCAUCAGCCCCAUCCAUCAGUGAGGUGAGACCCUUCUCCACUACGGCACAGAUCCAGUUUGAAGAGCCUGAAUCCACUGGAGGAGUUCCUGUCCUGAAAUACAAAGCGGAGUGGAGGCAUCAGGGCAGGGGCGGCUGGUAUCACCAGGCCUAUGAAGUCCAAUAUGGCUCCAUCAUCGAGGUGACGAUCAAAAGCCUGAAGCCGGAGACCGGCUAUGAAGUGAAGUUGUCAGCCAUCAACGGCAAGGGUGAAGGUGAAAGCAGCCCCGCCGAGUUCUUCAAGACGGAGCCUGUCCGCUACACUUACAAAAAUGGCAUUUUUCAUUUUUUCACUGAAGACACAGAAGGGAAUCCCAAUCCUCCUAAACUCGAAGGGGCACUUCAACCCCAAGGCAACUCCCUCAAAGUCAGCUGGAUCAAGCAGGACGACGGCGGCUCGCCCAUUAUACAUUAUCUCGUCCGCUAUAAAAAAAUACAGAUGUCGGACUGGAAACCAGAAAUCCGAAUGCCCAGCGUGAGCGACUAUGUGGUUCUCCACGGGUUGGACUGGGACACCGAGUACAAUGUCUGCGUGGUGGCAGAGAAUCAGAAGGGCAAGUCCCAGCCAGUCAUCAUGGCCUUCAGGACGUCUGCAGAGCCAGAAGCCAUCCCAGAUAUGGGUGAGGAGGAAGCGCUCUCCAAGGACAUCAUGCUCUGGGCAGGGAUCCCCGUCGUAGUAUUUAUACUCCUGCUGCUAGCUGUGGAUGUCACCUGUUACUUUGUCAACAAAUGUGGCCUCAUCAUGUGCCUCUGCGGUAAAUCAGGCACAGGGACCAAAGGGCACAAGUUGGAGGAGGGCACGGCAAACUUCCAGAAAGAUGAGUCCAAAGAGCCAAUAGUGGAAGUCAGAACAGAGGACGAGUGCACAGCCAACCAUAACGCAGCAGGACCAACGGAACCCAAUGAAACCACUCCUCUCACGGAGCCAGAGCUGGCGGCUAACAUUGCUGCUCUGGCACUGGACACCCUCUCCUCCGUAGCCACCAACUCUGACACAGCCACUGCAACAAUUGACCCCGCUCAGGACAGCCCCUCUAGCGAGUCCACUACCCUCACUUGUAGCCUGUCCACCCCGGCCAACGACCCCUCACCCACCCCCGUCCUGGCCCCGGCUCCGACUCCGGAGUCGAGCACGCCCCCGCCGACUCCGCUCAUCUUCACCUCUGACAUCGAAGCUAAAAUGGCCCCGUUAGUAGAACAAAGAGGAUGUGACACCCUGGAAGAACAGGAGAAAAUAACCCCUCCUCCUUUUACCCCCGAACUGCCUCAAAAAUCUGGGACACCGAUACCACCGAAGCGCAGACACUCUCCUAAACUUGCCGCUCUGAAUGCUAAAGCUAGCCCGCCUGUAUCUCCACUGGUUGCGUCUUCCUCAUCGCCCUCUCCCGCUCUCGACACCAAGAAACAGGCUCCAAGGCCACCAGUCAAAAAGCUUCCCAUACGGCCGCACACUGUAGCCUCAGACACCGAGACGCCAGCGCACACUGCCGCCCCUCUAGCAACCACUGCCCCUCCAAAACCAGACCUUGAUUCAAAUCCAACAGAUCCUAGUGGGAGUAGCCUUACUGCCUUUGACACUGAACCUGCUGACCAAACUGUUGAUAACACUGCCAAAGAUGCUGCGACUAGCUAUCCUUCAGGGAUCCAUGGCGCUCUUAAAGUCCUGGAUGCUGUAGAAUCUGCUCCUCUAGUUACGGACGUCCCCUGUCCCCUACCUGUUACUGCUAUUCCUUCUACUCCUGCCUACGCCAGUGUCGAGGCGCCGGUUUCAAAUGAUCUCUUCACAUUGCCGCCAUACACGUACGACUUCCUGACCCCCGGCGUGGGGCCCAAAAGUGCGGAUUUAGAGCAAGAGCUGACAAACGGGACCGAGAGACCCUCCCUGCCUUUCGCAAACCUUAUUAGCUUAGAGAGCCCGGCCUCUGCCCCCUCUCUGCUCAAUGGAAACGGAGCAGACCUCCCCCCCUCAGGCCCAGUUCUGGAGGCGUCAGAGACUCUGGCCAAGACUGCUCCUCCUGUCAACGAUGAGAAGAUUUUUUCUGAUGAGAAAGGCAGGCUGGAGGAGGCAGACUCAUCAAACGCCCUGACGGAGAUCGCUGCAGAACACAACAGUGUCAUACAGACAAAUACCACCGAGAGCAAAGCAUGAUGGGCCGGGGGAAAACCCCUGCCCCGAUCCAAAACAUUUUGCAGCCGCAGCAGCGACGACGAGCGAGAAACACUGCAGGAGUUUUGAUUUCCAGUGCCCUUAACUACAUAUUCGAAACAACACACACGCGCACGUGUCGAUUGGUUAGAGCCGCACUUUGACUGCGCUCUCUGGUUUCAUUCAUGAAAUGUUUACUACACCCAAGGAGUUUAUCUUUAGAUCAUAAGAGAUUCAUUUUAUUUUUUUAUUGUUAUUUUAUUUAACCGGUCAGGACGAUUAAGGACAAUCUCUUAUUCUAAUGAUCGCUUGUUACAUAUAUGAAAUUAGACUUUCUGUUCUGUGCUUUUAGUUUGAAUUGCAAGUAUUGGAUUAUUAUCAGAAAUGUAAGAAACAAAAACACAACCUGACUAUAUAUAGAAAUUAUUUUUCUUAUUUUCAUGUCCUACCGUUAAAAACUGUUUGCAUUUCUUUUUAGUACGGACUCUUAAUUUGUGGGCUUGUCUCAUUUAAUAGCUUGUUCUGCAUGUCUGACCUGCAAGUGGUUGUAAAGUUUUUGUUUACAAGGUUUAUUGUUUCACUUCGUCUGUUACAGGGAUGUUUCAUCUCUCACAGAUACGCUGGCAUCGAUUAAACACAGGCCUGACUUCAAUGUUUGGAUUAUAACCGUAUUUGUUAUGGUUAUAAAAAAUACAGGAUUAACCCAGAGCCGGCUGCAGGGGGAAAGAGACUGAGAGAAUCCCACACAACACAUCAGAUCAGAUUUGGCCCAUUUUACGAUCAAACAUAUUCAGUCUGUCACUGCCUUACCACAGUGUUGGUUCAAAUAUCCAUUACUAAAAUGUAUUUGAUUAAAAAAACGGCAUUUAGAAAGAUAAAAACUGCCAGCAGAACUGCUGAUUCUCAGCCACGGGUUGAAGAAUCUUGUGAUCUUGAGCUAAAUUUACGUAUUUGUUUUUUUGGGGGGCAACAACAUCUACGAUAGCAACCGUUUCUUCCUCACAUUAAAGCAGCUCAAAGGUCUGGCUUUUGAGUUGGGCUUUUGAAGCGGAAAAAAAAAAUGAAAACUCUAAAAAAGCAUUUUGUACUAUUUAAAAAUGACAAAUAUUUCUUUUCCAUUUCCUGCCUGCAAGCUUGUGCACUGUGCCUGUGUGUCAAUAGAUUGUCUUGUCAUCAGUUUUCUAUGAUAAUCUGCAUAGCUUUGUCGUGAGAGAUUUAGCCUAUUUCUUUUUUUAUUUAAUAUAUUGUAUUAUUAGAAGAAAAGUAUGAUAAAUGGACUAAUGUGGUCAUUAUAACACGUGUAGUGUAUGAAACUGUCCGUCUCUGGUCACAGCACUAUAUAUCGCCAGCUAUAGUGAAGGGAGGUGUUUUGGAGCCUUGGCAUGAAUUCAGUCAGUACUUUAUAAUGUAUAACUACAAGGCAGAUUGACGUGCCCAUGUUUGUAUGGGGGAAAUAGUUCUCAUUGAUUUCAUGAGUGUUAACCUUUGGGGCUUGUUCUGGCAUUACACAUUUUUAUUUCUCCCCCCUCCCCCCCCCCAAGUUGUUAUUUGAGUGUUCUGUAAUGUGGUCUUUGAAUUUCUUUUUCUAGUUUUUGUCUUUUUUGUACAAAAAUCACUCACCAAGAGCGACCUGCUUGACAAACUUCAGGAUGAAACACUGGCAGGAAGCAGGGUGGUCCACACCUGAAACAGGACAUUUUUAACAAUAAUAAUAUCAAGAGAAUACAGAUCUGAAGUAUAUAUAUAUAAGAAGCUUUAAUCACCUUGUACUCCACCGCUGUUACCCCCCGACCACCUUGCUCCCUCGUCACUGGACGCUCCUUUUUGGUUUUAUUGGGUCAAACUCAGAAAAUAUCUGUUGUGUACAGUCUGAGUGCUAACCCAUUUACAAAAUAAAACAUGGUUUUUCCAAAUCUAA